AUGGGUUUCUCAGAAGUUUACACCGAAGUCCCAAAGACUGCCAUUCAUCUUGUCGGUACCAAUGACUGGCAGGAGGACUUGGCCAAGAACGGCUAUGCUGUCGUCAAGGGAGCUGUUCCCAAGGAACGUGCUGAGGACUACGCAAACCGCAUGCACCAAUACCUAGAAGACUUCACCUGGAAGUCCGAACACCUACCUGAGAUCAACAACAAGGGCAUGUGCCUUGACUACGCCGUCACCCACGAGGACUUUGUCUGGGAGAUCCGCUCGGAACCAGGUGUUCUGAAUGUCUUCGAGACCGUCCUCAAUACUGAGGAUCUGAUCGUUUCGUUCGACGCAGUGAACUUCGGUCUUGCUGGCAGGACUGAUCUACCACCAAACAAGCCUUGGCCCCACCAAGACCAGGACCCAACCAAGAGCGGAUUCAGAUGUCUUCAGGGCUUGGUGAAUCUGUUGCCAAACGGUCCCAAUGAUGGUGGCCUGAUCGUCUGCUCAGGAGCCCAUCUGCUGAGCGAAAAGUUCCACAAGGAGAUGGCUUGGGAGACUGAGCAAGGCAAGAACAUCCCCGCUUGGAACCCCGAGUGGUAUGGCUUCACAAACGAGGGUAUGAAGUGGCUAGAGAAGGAAGGUUGCACUUGGACCAAAGUCUGUGCCGAACCCGGUGACUUACUCCUCUGGGACUCACGCACCCCUCACUACAACCUAUCCUCGACUACAGAGCAAAGCAGAUUCUGCGUCUACACGUGUUACAUGCCUGUGACUGAGGCUACUGAGGAGGAACUUCAACGANAAAAGACUGCUUUCGAAGGCUGGUUUGGUACCACCCACUGUAAGUCAUGUCCCCGAGAAUCCCCCGAUGAUAACUCCACUAACAGGAUGUCCANNGGGCCAAAUGCGAAAGUCAUGGGACGUAAUAAAGCUACAAGGGAUGGUGAGCCAGAUCCUCACAACCGAACUGAGCCGGUCAAGAAACCGGUUCUGUCCGAAAGGGUGUACAAGUUGACCGGCAUUCCAUACCUUGAAGCAAAGGCUUGA